GCCAUUGGCCAACUGGCCCAUCUUUUGCAGUAACCCAAAUGAAGGGCGCGAACAUCCCUUAUUUCGGAGCGUGGAAAAUGCCGGACGCGUUGGCACCGCAGUGUCCAUCUAAUACGCGAACGGGCUGGGAUGGUGUUGGGGUAGAUACAUGUUCAGUCAUACGUUUUAGAGUUGUAUAAAGAGUUGUCUCCACCUGCCAUCUGGUGUCUCAUCCACUUCAAGCGCAUCCACAGUCUCGACGACAUUCUCUAACCAUCGCCAUGUUCACUCAGUCAUUCUUUACCCUGGCCUCAGUUGCCUCCGGCGCACUGGCUGCGCCAUACCUUCACCCGCACCCCCACGCCAACGCCGUUCGCGCUGAGCCCAAGUGCCCCAUCGUUUUCGAUGGCCGUGUCCCUGUCAACACCACACCCACCUUCUUCGACUCGGCUUCUACCAACACCAUCUUCAACGCCGACUUCGUCAAGGGCAACAACCUGACCUGGUCGCAAAUCCUCAAGUUCCCCAACGAAUCAUCGCGCUUCGACGGCGACAAGUUCAAGGCUGUAGAGGUCACCAUCUCCGACGAGUCCAUCUUCCAGAAGCAGCAGGGCUUCCGCCGUGCAGGCCUCCAGUUCCUCAAGGAUGCCGCUGACGGUGAGGGAGGCAAGGGUGUCAAGACUCUCCACUUCAGCGUCAAGCAGGACCCUGCCAGGCCCUUGAACCUCACCCACGAGUACCUCAACGUCUGGCACGAGGCUGCCGACUUUAGCAACAACCAGAUUCAGUUCCAGACUGGAUCUCUCAUCGGAAAGAGCGAUGCCGACAAGAACCAGUUCAAGAUUCUUGACCGCGACAGCAAGUUCCUCUGGAGCGUCCCGAUCGACCAGACUCAGUGGCAAAACUUUGCCCUGAAGCUCGACUUCAACGCCAACAAAACCACCAUCUUCUACUCUGCCGGCCAGGCCCCACUCAAGCAGGUCGCUGGUCCCCUCACUGUCAACCUUCAGGGCGGCGGCCAAUACCAGAUGGGCAUACUCAAGAAGCCCACUGGUACUUCUGAUGUUGCCAACGCUGGUUUCCAGGAGGCCAACCUUGACGAGGGCCAGAUCUACGGUGGUCUGUUCCUUGAGGACUCUAUCAACGGCUGUGUUUCGCUCUAAGUGCACUGUCAGACGCAG